UUCAACACAUACAAUGCUCUUCACUACGACUAUCCCACCACUAUCUGCUUUGACGGAUCAACACUCAAAAGUAUACAAGAGGUAGACCAUCUGAGACAUAUCUUGGCAUACAUCGCGAGCGCGUCAGGUAUUGUUCAACCUCCAAGCUGACAUAUUCCAUCACUCACGGCAACUCCGGGAAGUGUGGUAAUGAGCUUCCAAAGACCCAGAGACUUUCCAGGUCAUAACAGGCCAACCCCGCAGCGUUUUCUUACCCCUCUCGGCUGGGCAGUCCGCUUUCCUGAUGGCCACAUAGUUUACGAGAAUCGUAUGGGGAGACAGGGGCCCCCAAGAGGUGGCUAUCCAUCUCCGAGGCAGUUCCCAGGCCGACAUCCAAGGCAGCCCCAGGGGCAGUACCCGGGACAAUCUAUGGGCGGUUUCCCAGGGCAAUCUCAAGGACAAUAUCCAGGACAAUCGAUGGGAGGCUUCCCAGGACAGCCUCAAGGACAAUCGAUGGGUGGUCUCCCAGGGCAGCCCCAAGGGCAGUUCCCAGGACAAUUCUUUGGUCGAUCUCCAAGCCAGUCUUCAACUCAGUCCUCUAGCCACUUCCCAGGCAUGGUCAUAACCCAGUCAUCAGGACAGAUGCCGGGGGUGACUAUAAUACAGCCUCCUGGUACAGGCCAGUCUCCAGUGUUCAUAUCCCCAUAUCCGGGGCAAGUCCUCGGCCAAAACCCAGGCAGUCAACCCACGCAGCAACCCGGCGGAGGCUGGUCAGCGUCGCCAGGGCCGAAACUUCGCCAGCGUUUUCGAACCGGCCCUGAGCGGGUGAGAGUGGCUGAACUCAAGGAGGACGAGAUAGAUUGUCCGAUCUGCUACCGAGAUUAUUACACCGGCGAUUCUGAGAAUGAAUCGGAGGAUGCGGUGAGGAUAGGGUGCGGACAUGUUUAUGGGAGGAGGUGCCUGGACAAAUGGAUUCAGGAGAAUGGUACUUGUCCAACUUGUCGGGGGAAACUGGAUCUUGUGGAUGAUGUCGCUGGAAAUCCACAGGUUUAAUUCGACGGGGGUUCGGGCUGAGUGAGUGCUGAGAGAGGGGACGCAUUUUUAUAUUUCAAAGAAGGGGCACUGCAAGAUAGAGGGCCUCAGGAGUUAUGGGAGCGUUGAGCGUGUGCCGAUAUGGGUAACUAAUGGUUAAUAAACUCCACUCAACUUGCUGGAUGGCAGGACGAUGAUUUGGUUAUUUUGCUACUGUCUUAUUUGUCAAGUAAUAGAUAGCGAAGCACAAUAAAUGCAAGUUAUGUACCAUACACUAUCUCUCAUGCUGAAUGGCUCUUUCUUGGCGGCAAGGAGAGAAACUCCCAGAAUGGGCCAUGUGAAUGCCCUCUUUCCGUGCCGCCCAAGGGUCUGAAGAGGAGCUGUACAUAACAACAGCUGGGGAUGAGGG